AUGCGACUGCCAGUGAUCCUCGUCCUCGUGUCCGUGGCGCUGUGUGGCGUGCUCCCGCCACCUGAGGUCACCGCUGGUGACGGCGGCUGGAGCAUCAUCGACGGAGAGGUGGCGAAGAAGGGCGAGUUUCCCUGGCAGGCGCAGCUGAAACGCAACACCGUCUACGUGUGCGGCGCCGUGCUUGUGUCGGAUUUGUGGCUGCUCACCGCCGCUCACUGCCUGUCGGCAGAGCCGAACCCCUCGGCUUACCAGGUGAUACUAGGCGAAUAUGACGUCACGGUGGAGGAGGGCUCAGAACAGCGGCGAGGUGUGGCACAGAUUGUCCUGCCCUCCGACCAGUUCAACACGCAUCGCAGUAGCCUUCAGUACGACGUGAACGACAUCGCGCUUCUCAAAAUCGACCAGCCCGCCAUCUAUACACAAUGGGUGAAAGCUCUGGCUCUACCGGAUCCCGCGGAAGACUUCGAUGGACAGAUGGCGGUGGCUGUCGGCUGGGGGGCCUCUGGGUCGACAGGCGUGGGUCCAGUCUACCCCAAAGUCCUGCAGAAAAUCACGAUGACCUUGCUGGCUGACGACGUGUGCCUGCGCGACCUGGUCUUCUUCAACUACGUGCCGGCCACCAUGAGCUGCGCGAUGCCGCCAAACGGCAGCAGCCUGUGCUGGGGCGACUCUGGCGGCGCACUCACGUACUACAAGUCCGCCGACCAGCCGCUGCUGGCCGCCGUCACCUCCUGGGGCGUCGAUUGCGACCUUACCCGGAUGCCGACCGUGUUCGUCGAGGUGUCCGCCUUCGUGAAGUGGAUCGCAGAUGUGAUCAGCGCGGACGUGGUGUAGGCGAGUCUAGCCUGCGGCAGCGUAGCAGGUCGGGUCGUCCCGGGCGCGAGACGGGCCGACCAGGCGAGCGGACCACCGGGCGACGACCGCCCCUGCGGGACGACCUGCCUGUCACGCACCCUUGCGGAAGGAAAGCGACAUCUAGAGGGCCUCAUCUCAGGCUGCCAGUUAGUCCCAGCAAAGAAGGGCCAGUGCAGCCAGCGCAGUUAAACACAGCCCGCUGGAAAUAUUCAGCAUUCAC